UGAUUUUCUCUCACUCCCAUUCUCAACUCGAAAGCUCAAUAUCUCUGUGCGACUCUCACCUAGUAAAUUAACCGUCCACUUCCAUGUCGCGCACUCCCAAGGCCCCUCGCUGCGUGGGCAGCCCGUCCUUCGUCCCAGAUGAAGUCAUCCAAGACGCCCCAAGACUCCAGCAGGCCCGCGAGUUGUUGGCAGCAAACGACUUAUACAACGCCAGCCGCGCCCUGCUUAGCCUGCCCGAGAGGGACUCCUUUACGUAUCAUGCCGUGACAAGUGUCAAGCUGGCUGAGGUACAGCACGUUGUCGGGCUGGGCGGCGUCAAUGGCCUGCACACCUGGUAUCGUGACGAGGAUGGCACAGCUAGAGAACCUCCGCCGCUACCAGACAUCGAGGCGUACAUCUCCAUCUUCAGCCCCUCGACGGCCACGGCUUCGGCUCUCAAGAACUUUGAGACCAACGCAAAGAAGGCGUCGAUCCGGUCCGAGGUUGCGCGGCACAUGGCAGAGAAGCGUUAUGUGCACCCGGCACUCGCCUCACAGCUAACAAUUCCCAAAUCCAAGCAGCCGCCCAGCCAGAACCCGUACUUUGACUUCUGGGCCUGGUCGUGCCGCAAUCUGGAGUGGUGCGGGCCGUGCACAUCAUCUGAGCGGGUGGCGACGAGCCACCAUGUGCUCCCGAUUUUCAUGCACCACUUUGGCUGUGCUACACCGUCGCACGAGAGCUUGCAAGUGUUGAGACUCCUGGCAGACGGCCGAGCCAUUGCGGAUAUGGGCUCGGGUAACGGGUACUGGACUUUUCUGCUUCGGCGGUAUGGAUUGACCGUCUACCCAGUGGAUAACAUGCAAAGCGAGUGGAGGGUCAAUUGGGUCGACGACACCGUCAUCAUGGACGGCGUCCAAUGGCUACGAAAGAACGACAACGGCAAAGACUUGGUCCUGCUGCUCGUCUAUCCCGUUGUCGGAGGCGGCAUCGGAGGAGGCACAGAGGGCAGCUUUACCAGGGGUCUCGUCGAUGCCUUCCAAGGAGACACAAUUGCCGUGGUUGGAACACAGAAUGCAAAUGGAUACACGGGCUUUAAGAGCAUGACAAUGGACGUGUUUAUGGAGCAAGAGCACCCGGAGUGGACCAAGGUGGUACAGAUUCCCCUGCCAAGCUUUGCGGGCAAGGAUGAAGCAUUGUACGUCUUUCAGCGAGGCGGCAGAGCACCCAACGAAUCAAGUUGAGAUGACGAAUCGAGUCGAGGUGGAAGUGGAAGUGGAAGCGGAAGUGGACAUGAAAAUGACGUGUCCAGGGACGCAAGGGGAAGGACAUGCAUACAUACAAGCUCGGACUUGUGGACACACUACUGGAACCAAGUAUGGAAAAAUGAGAUGGAUGAGAUGAGAUGAAUAAAAUACAAAAUCAAUGUGCUAAGCUGAGCACAGAUCUGAUGUAUAUGGUUAUGUGGUUAUCUUGGACUGCUGCCCAUUUCCUGUUGAGAUGAGAUGCAACCAAUCCACCUGUAUGUAUAUGUACAUGUACUAUUUUCCUUCAGAUAUAGGCCGCCCUUUCGGCGCUGCCCGAGCCCCAUCAUAGAGCCAAACAACACGCGAUGCAUGU